AUGACGCCUGCCCCCGCCCCCGCGACCACUCACCCGCCAAACCCCACCUUCCCCCCUCACCCCGCUCCCCGCAACUGGCUCAUCACCGCCUGCACCUCCCCCAUCGGCAUCGCCAUCGCGCGUCAAGUGCUCUCCCACGGCGACAACGUGAUCGCAGGCCUGAAUCCGCGACACCUUGCAGAAGGGCACGGUGACGGAGGGGAGGAAGAGGGGGAUGCGCAGCGAGGAGAGGAGUUCCGGGAAUUCUGGCGGGAGUGUGAGGAGGAAGGAUGGAAAGAGAGGUGUAAGGGGGUGGAGUUGGAUGGGAGUGUGAUGGGACUGUGCCAAGCUGCUGUUGCUGAGGCGGUGGAGGUAUUUGGCAAGUUGGAUAUUCUGCUAUGUUGCGCGAGCGAAGCGCUGGUCGGCACGGUUGAAGAGCUCGCGGCCUCUCCACGGACACAAACUUUAGUACGGGAACAAUUCGAAAGCAACUUCUUCGGUCCUGUCAAUUGCAUCAAGGCAGCAUUACCGACGAUGCGGAGAAGGAAUAGUGGACAUGUAAUGAUAUUGACAGGUAUAACCGGGCAUCUGGGAACUCCGGGUUUAGGGAUGUAUUGCGCUGCCGGGUGGGCACUUGAAGGCUUCUGCGAUAGCCUCGCGUAUGAGAUUGCUCCCUUCAAUAUCAAGAUGACUAUCGUCCAACCUACGAUGGAAAUUGGUGUCCUAACCAACAAGAUCAUAUCUGCGCCCUCGAUGCCCCAGUAUUCACCGGACAACAACCCGGCGCCUUUGUUCAGGGGUAUAAUUGGAGGUCUGUUAGAUCGUCUUGAUCUUGUCCAGCAGAAUGGAAACUAUGAGCCUGCCUCUUUGGCAGGCGACCGAAUCCAAACCCUCUACCCGAAGCUUCCGCCCGAGAUGCAGUCUUCGCUUCUUGCGGAGACGAUCAAUGCCAUCACAGCGAUCGGCGGACAUGACAAUCCGCCCGCGAGACAUAUCGUUGGCCAUGAAGGUGUAGCCAGUGUGAAAGAGAAGUUGAAAACUGUGAGCGAGGAGCUGGAGGAUUUCGUGGACUGCAGCUGUGCGGUUGAUAUCGAUGACGGCCAUGGCAUCGAAGAUGCAAACGGCAGUAUAGAUGGGAUGUUGUAG